UUUUAUCUCCUCAGGCUUUGUGUCCUCUGGUCCGUUUCUCCUUUUUAUUUCGUUUUUCUUCCUUUCCUUUCUCCUUUUAUUUGCCGUUGUUUUGUUUCCUUCUCCCCUCGCCCCCCUCCCCCCAUUUUCGCACCGUCCUUUCGGUCUAUAGCAGAGCAUCACAGCAGAGCUGCAGCGCUUCGGGCCCUGCACGCAGUGAUUAAUGGCAACUUCUCCAACUUCCCCGGUGUUUGUGCACGAUCGGAACAGGCUUAUCUGUGGGCAGACAGCACAGGGAAGGGUUCGGCUGCAGCUGCCCCUUUUGGGGCUCUCCAUGAGCUGGGGAAGCACCCAGCACACACCGUGCAGUGCUUCUCAGCUGUCACUGGAGGUGCCCCCAUUCCUCCCAUUGCAGUACAGUGAAAGCCUCAAUUACCGCUUAGCAAAUCAGGCGCUGAAGUUAUUUGGUUUAAUUACGUCGCAUUUAAUUAGUAGAGGAAAAAACAAUGCUUUUUGGUGGUCUCUUAUUGUAAGGAGCAGCUCGAUGCUUUCCUAGCAGGGCCUUGCAGCAGUGUGAGUCAGACGUGUGAAGUGCAGCACUUGGGGCUUCCCAAGGCAGUGCUUUAGGAAGAUCCCUGCUUCCGAGGAGCAGGGCCCGGAGCAGCCCUCCAUGGCUUUGAUCACUCAAUCCUGGUUUGUGCUGUGCUGUACAAGAAGGCAGCCCCUUGUGCUGCGGUUCUGGAGCAGCCUCCAGGGAGGAGCAGCUCCAGGCGGUGCGGCACACAGGCGUGCUUCCAGCUCUCAGCACUCAGUCACUGUCUAACAAGUGUGCCUCGCAUCAUGGGACAGAUGCUGUUCCAGAAAUAUCAGAGGUUAAUCUGAUGCACCAUCCCUUACAUAGCAUCGCAGUGUAACGCUUUGCUUGGGGGGUUCUGGCUCUUUCUUUUCCAUGCUUAUUGGUGCAUCACUGCCACUUUUCCUCCUGGAAGCGGGUUAACAAUGUAAGGAAGGGGUGAGCAGCACCCAUAGAGCUGGGGCCAGCUUUGAACCAGUGGCCACUUCUUUCCAUUAGAAGUGAACUUUCCAUUAGAAGGGGCUUUAGUAAAUGCUGACAGUUCUAUAGCCAGUAAUUGCAGAUGUGAAAAAUAAGUGAUUACGUUUUGUUUAUUCGCGUGCAGUAAAUAACCCUGUGAGAAUAGUAAAUAGAGCUCCACCCCAGCGAAGCAGCGUGAAGAGUUCAAACGCUGGAAGAUGACUCUGUAGACACACACAAACGCGGUGCGGUUCCGUGUACAAUAGAACAGAAAGGCCAAAAAUACCACACAAAACCCAAACGCUGCGCAGCGUAGGAGACCCGGCCUUGCAACACACUCAACUCCCAGUGAAGAAACUCAAGACAUCAUGCAGGAUCCGUGCCCAGUCUGCAUGCUAACGAGGUGGAGCAGUGCUGCACGUGGGGACUGGGUCGUUCUGACUCACUGCAGCCAGUGCAGCCAAUUCCCAAAUAAUAUAAAAGAAAAAAUGAAACGUACAGCAGAACUGCUUACUUUUCCUGAUAAGGAAGCUAAAGAUUCCGAGCGUUCCCAUCUCUCCUCAUUCACUAUGAAGUUGAAGGGCAAGUUUCAUUCACCAAAAAUAAAGAGAACUCCUUCCAAGAAGGGAAAGCAAGCUGACCUGACAGUGAAAACACCAGAGAAGUCAGCAAACAAAAACGUAUCAUGGCUAGAGGAGAAGGAGAAGGAGGUCGUCAGUGCCCUGCGCUACUUUAAGACGAUUGUGGACAAAAUGGCAAUUGAUAAGAAAGUAUUAGAGAUGCUGCCAGGCUCAGCAAGUAAAGUGCUGGAAGCCAUCCUGCCCCUGGUGCAAACGGACCCACGCAUCCAACAAAGUUCUGCCAUCUCAUCCUGCUACAGCCGUGUGUACCAGAGCCUGGCCAACCUCAUUCGCUGGUCUGAUCAAGUGAUGCUGGAAGGUGUGAAUUCUGAAGACAAAGAGAUGGUGACAACUGUUAAAGAUGUCAUAAAAGCUGUUCUGGAUGGAGUUAAGGAGCUGGUCAAACUCACGAUUGAAAAGCAGGAGCACCCCUCUCCCACAAGCCCUGUUAAACCCAGCUUACCAGCAUGUAAAUCUGAUAGCCCAUCAGAGCUUCCCCUUACAGACCGAGAAAUGGAGAUCCUGAGCAAAACUACUAAUAUGACUCAAUCAAAUGAGCUACUGACAGACUCCAUGGACGAAGAGGUUGCACCUCCUAAACCCCCUCUGCCUUGCAUUCGUGUGGCAGAAAACAGUCCUCCUCCAGCCUUGCCCCCUAAAAAACGACAGUCGGCGCCUUCCCCAACCAGGGUGGCAGUUGUGGCCCCCAUGAGUCGAGCCACCAGCGGAUCCAGUUUGCCUGUUGGAAUCAACAGACAGGAUUUUGAUGUUGACUGCUAUGCCCAGAGAAGGUUGUCAGGUGGCAGCCACUCCUAUGGGGGAGAAUCUCCUCGCCUCUCACCGUGCAGCAGCAUUGGCAAACUCAGCAAGUCCGAUGAGCAGCUCUCUUCUCUGGACCGUGACAGUGGUCAGUGCUCCCGCAACACAAGCUGUGAAACAUUAGAUCAAUCAGAUCACUAUGACCCAGACUAUGAAUUCUUGCAGCAGGACCUCUCGAAUGCUGAUCAGAUACCUCAACAGGUGCCAGGUAUCCUCAGCCCCUUGCCAGAGUCCCUGGGUGAGUCUGGCUCCCCUUUCCAUGGACACGCUUUCCAGCUCCCACAGGGCAGCUCUUCUCCACUGGAAUUCUGCAGCCUCUCAGGAGCUGUGCAGCCAACAGAGACCCCUCCAGCUUUACCAGAAAAGAAGAGGAGAAGCGCAGCCUCUCAGACUUCAGACUCAGGCUGCAGGGUCUCGUAUGAGAGACAUCCUUCCCAAUAUGAUAACAUCUCAGAGGAUGAUAUGCAGAACGCAGGAUCUCUCUCAUCAGUACCCUGCACGCCAUUUGCUCCUAUUUUGCCCUUCCAACAAGGAAACUCUUCAGCACCAGUUGAGUUCAUUGCUGAUUUUGCUGCUCCAGAUUCUAACAGUGACCCAGAGAAGCCACCACCUCUGCCGGAGAAGAAAAAUAAACACAUGAUGGCGUACAUGCAGUUUGUAGAGGACUACUCAGAGCCACAGCCAUCCAUGUUCUACCAGACCCCACAGAACGAGCACAUCUACCAGCAGAAGAACAAGCACCUCAUGGAGGUCUAUGGCUUCAACGACUCCUUUAUCAGCUUAGACCCUUCUCAAGAUCUGGCACCCCCUCCUGCUCUCCCUCCGAAGCAGCGGCAGCUGAGUGAAAACGCCAGUGAGGAGGCUGGUGAGGGUGAAUACGUCAAUCUGUAUUCCUCUGGCCAGAGCAACGGGGAACUCCCUCAUGCUGGAGGAGAAUCUCCCUCUGUCAAAGACGGCCAUUCCAAAGACUCCACUUCAAACAGCAGUGCCAUGGGGAAGGAAGGCAAAGAUGGUGCUGAGAGGCAGCAGCAGUCACCAGAUGCUUUGGAAUCGUCACAGCUGGAGGAAGAGGUGGAUGAGCUCUCCCUUAUCGACCACAGUGAAAUUAUGGCUAGGUUAACACUGAAGCAAGAGGGAGAUGAUGGGCCUGAUGUCCGCGGAGGAUCUGGAGAUAUUUUGUUGGUGCAUGCGACGGAGACCGACAGGAAAGAUCUGGUGCUGUACUGUGAAGCCUUCCUGACUACAUACAGGACAUUUAUUACCCCUGAAGAGCUCAUCAAGAAGCUGCAGUACAGAUAUGAGAAGUUUUGCCACUUCCCAGAUACGUUUAAGAAGCGAGUCAGUAAGAACACCUUCUUCGUGCUGGUGAGAGUGGUGGAUGAGCUGUGCUUAGUGGAGCUGACAGAGGAGAUCCUCAAGCUGCUGAUGGACCUGGUGUUCCGGCUGGUCUGCAACGGGGAGCUGAGCCUCGCCAGAGUGCUGCGCAAAAACAUCCUGGACAAAGUGGAUCAGAAGAAGAUGCUGAGAUAUGCCAACUCCAUCAAACCUCUUGCAGCCCGAGGGGUGGCAGCCAGGCCGGGGACCUUGCAUGAUUUCCACAGUCAUGAAAUAGCCGAGCAGCUGACCCUCCUGGAUGCUGAACUCUUCUAUAAAAUCGAGAUACCAGAAGUUUUGCUUUGGGCGAAAGAGCAAAAUGAAGAGAAGAGCCCCAACCUGACGCAGUUCACAGAGCACUUUAAUAACAUGUCCUACUGGGUCCGUUCCAUAAUAAUGCUGCAAGAGAAAGCCCAGGACCGAGAGAGGCUGCUCCUUAAGUUUAUCAAGAUCAUGAAGCACUUACGAAAGCUGAAUAAUUUUAAUUCCUAUCUGGCCAUUCUUUCUGCACUGGAUUCUGCACCCAUCCGAAGGCUGGAGUGGCAGAAACAAACCUCAGAGGGCCUGGCUGAGUACUGCACUCUGAUCGACAGCUCCUCGUCCUUCCGCGCCUACCGGGCAGCCCUGGCUGAUGUGGAACCUCCCUGCAUCCCAUACCUAGGCCUAAUUCUGCAGGACCUGACCUUUGUUCAUCUGGGAAACCCAGACUACAUCGACAGCAAGGUGAACUUCUCCAAGCGCUGGCAGCAGUUUAACAUCCUGGACAGCAUGAGGUGCUUCCAACAGGUACAUUACGACAUCAGGAGGAACGACGACAUCGUGUCAUUCUUCAACGACUUCAGCGACCACCUGGCAGAGGAGGCGCUGUGGGAACUGUCCCUCAAAAUCAAACCUCGCAACAUUACGAGGCGGAAAACAGACAGGGAGGAGAAAACUUAGGAAGAGGGUUUGUGCGAGCGAGGAGAAUUGCUCGGCAGGCGCACGGAGGGCAGCUAUGAGACUGGAGUUCAGUAUUUGUACCUGUUACGGGGUGACAUGGCCUCUCUCCGGGCUGGCAGCGACUUCGGGGCUGUGAGCGUUGGCAGAGCGGUGGCCGCCGCGCGGACGGCAGCAGGCUGAGAGUGGGCAGCGCUCGCCUCCCUCCUCCUCCCAUCCCUCUGUGCCAUCGAGCAGCUUUUCCACCAGGGAGAGAGCUUUGUGGAAGGAGGGUGCCAGGCAACGUGUUACUGAUGGUGUUUGGAAACACGCGGGCUUUUGUCUUCAUCCCGGAUGGAGGGUGAGCAGAGCUCGGCGCCCGCGGGCUCAUCUCAUGGUGUUCGCAGGCAGCAGCUGAGGCUUUUCCCAGGAAGAUGGGGGUGAAGGAGCCCCGCUGCCUGCCGGAGGGCUGGGCUUGUUUACAGGGGGCUUCGCUUUGCCCCACAUCUCUCUCGCCUUCUCAGUGAGGUGAAGGCACCGCUAAUGGAUACAGAAGAGGCACUGAAUGGUGGGCAGGGAGCCGCCGUCUCCAGCCAUCGUCCCCCCCUCCUCCUCUCAGAUCUCACUAUUUAAGCCACAGUGAUCCCUCUGACCCUUGGAAAUGUUGAUAGUGGUACCGCGCUCACCUGCCCUGUGGGCCCGUAUCUUGUAGUGAUGGUACUAGCUUUUGCACAGUAAAUUCUGUAGUAUAUGACUGUAAAUAUUAGUAUUUAGAAUCCGUUGGAGAUUUUUCUUUUUGAUGCAUGUCUGAAUACCGAUGGGUUUAUAGGAAAAAAAAAAAGUGCAAAACAUGAUGUGUAUAAAACUCACAACAGUGACAGCAUCGUUCCGAGUGCUGGAAGGAAAGAGGCUGAGGGCUGCCCCAGGGCACUGGAGGAGCCAGCAGCCCCUCCCUGGGGCUGUAAGGAGCUCAGUGCUCCUGGCCCCCUCCAUUCCUCUCCUUGUUGCCAAAUGGUUCUCAUCCCAGUGACCCACGGUGCUGUGCUCAGAAGCCCCUUUCUGCCCCAUCCCCAGCACUGCCCGCACCCCUCGCUCCCCUCCUGUUCCGUGUGCCUUACUCAGCCCUUCCAUCCCCACUUUGUGUCCCCAUCCCCUCUCCCAGGCUGUUCCCCCCUCCUUCCUUUCUGGCCCCAUUCAGUUGUUUACAGCGUGGGUCGUGGUUCUGAGCACAUGCUGUAGGUUUUACCCCCUCGCAAGGCCUUCUGCAGAGCCGUGUCCCACAGUGGCAGGUUUUUCAGAGCUCCCUGCAGCUCAGGGCAGUGGCUCACAUGGGAUGUUUUACAGAGCAUCCUCGCUUUACUUCUCCAUCGCAGGUCAGUGUUUGCCAAGCUCCUGUUUGUUCCGGGUGGAUCAGAGUUACGAGCAUUUCCUUCUGCAGAUUGCAAAGCCUUGCCUGGCCAUGCCUGCAGCGCGGUGCUUUGCUCCGCUCAUGAGGUUGCACCCAACAUCAUCAUUUUCCCACUGGCACCGGGGCUGCAAGUGCAGGACAGCCUGGUGUGUGAGGUGAGCUGUGCUCUGUGCUGCACAGCCCGCAGCAGCAGGAGGAGCGGAGCCCUGGCUGUGCUGUGGCACUGAGUCAGAACAUUUCAAAACCUUUUAUUUUUUUAUGGCACUGUUAACAGCCCUGGGGCUGCGCACUAUGCCCGGCCAAAGCUUUGCAAUCCCCAAAGCAGGAAGUGAUUUUUAUUUUCCUUUGUAAAUAGGAUUUAAAGAAAGCAACACAAUGAGAUGGAAAUGGCAAACGCAGCCCCUCCACCUGGUGCAGAGCUGUGCUGCCCCAUCGCUGCUGUGUGCUGCAGGAGUGACAGCGCAGGGGCAGCACUACGAUGGCCCCAGCACUCCAGGUCCCCACGUUCUGGGGAUGAAGGGAGCAGCAGUGCUUUGCCCAGGGCUCCAUGCAGAGGGAUGGGGUUGGGGGCAUCCGGCUCUCAGCUCACCUCUCCCCUGGGGGUCUCUGUUCUCCCAGGGGCAGGCAGGGUGAAGCGAUGUGCUUUGCUAUCAGCACUGGGCUGCUCCCCAGCCUCCCCGCAGCCCAGCUGUUUGGCUGUAUGAUAUAUUAUAUACCACUAACCCAGUCCCAACGGUGGCAUCUUCCUGCAAACAUUUCAAACCUGUAACUUUUAUAUUAAAGACAAAUAAAUACCAGUAACAAACCUGCCUAACGAUCCUGUUUACAGUGCAUGCAGCAGUCUGUGGAUUAAAGUGACAAUCGAAUCCGCUCCUCAA